CAUUUUCUGUCAUUCCCCCGGCUUUGUUCGGCAUUCAGAUACAGUAUCUCCCUUAGCAUCGUCGAAAUGGCAACGCGAAUUGACAAAGAGGCUUGCAGAGAAGCAUACAAUCUGGUGAGAGACGACACCUCCGAUAUUUGCUGGGCAUCUUUUAAGUAUGAUGGCUCUACCAUUGUACCAGCUGGUCAUGGAUCCGACUACGAAGAAUUCAAGAGUCAGUGUGCAGAUGACAACCGUCUCUUCGGGUUUGUAAGGAUCACUACGGGUGAUGCCAUGAGCAAGCGUGCCAAAUUCACCCUCAUCACCUGGAUUGGCGAAAACGUCAGCGGACUGCAAAGAGCCAAGAUUAGCACUGACAAGACACUGGUAAAAGACAUCGUGCAGAACUUUGCCAAGGAGUUCAUGAUAAGUGAUCCCAGAGAGCUGGAGGAGGAUUAUCUCCGCAGCGAGCUGAAAAAGGCCGGCGGGGCCAACUACGACGCCCAGGCCGAAUAGAACUUGGGGGCGGGUUUCCAUAGGGUUGGAGGAGAAGGAAGAGGAAAACGUCAUCUCAUACACAUGCACAUACACACAGACAAACAUAAAUAUACAUACCUCACCCCUCUUGCCAGUCUGGUCAUGGUUGAUUUAUCUAUCUACUGUACUGUGCAUCAUCUCAAAGUCGUCUCUGCUAGUGCUAUGAGGUUCUCUUUUUCUUCAGGGGCAUUUUUGUAACCGUAGUUUCUGACGAUGCUCCUUUUGGCUCGGAGUUGUCAUCACUGUGAUCAAUGAAUCAAUGGAGUCCAGCAUUGUUUUCUAAGGGGUUUAUUAUAAAUCUUCAUCUCCCCGCUGAAUACAGACCACUGUGUUUACUGUCUCGAUCUCCCAUGGAGAGGAAGACAUCAUGGAAUGUGUGCAUUUGUGUAUGUAUGCGUUUGCAGACACUGCACUGUGACUGGCUAUCUUGCAUGCAGGGGGAGGAGUCUUAAAGGAUCUCGUAGCUCUGAUUGGCUGUUUCGCACUCUCCACCCAAACAAGGAGCAGUCAUUUUUCUAGAGUAGACUUUAUCUUGGUUUAAAUAAAUUAAAUUAAAAUUAAACACAACCUGUGGUUCAUCCUUUAAAAUAAAAAUGCCUCCCAAGCCAAGAAAAGAAAUAAGAUGGUCACAAAAGCAAUCAUGUCAGAAUAAAAUUGUUUUUUUCAA